CUGACCUUGUGAAGACUGGUAAAUUGACUUGUUAAUUAAUUGGACACGAAAAAAUUGCCACUAAUUGUGUUGUGAGUGUUGUAUUUUUUUCUCUAUGUGCCCCGCGAUUGGCUGGCAACCUGUUCAUGGUGUACCCCGCCUCCUGCCCGUUGACAGCUGAGAUAGGCUACAGGACUCCCGCAACCCUUGUGAGGAUAAGCGGCACAGAAUUUUUUUUUUUGUUGUUGUUGAAAAUGGAGUUUCCUCAAACAAAUGCAACCCUGUUAUUCAUUAUCAUAUAAAGAUUCUCUUUAUUGUAUUCUGUCACUCAGGUUUUCUUGACCAGUUAGCAUAACAGCUAAUGGAGCUAGCAAGUACUUGAAGCAGAAAAACUAAUAUUGAAAUGGCUUUGCAAAAAAAUGAAAAAAAUAGUAAUGCAAACAUUAAAUUAGCAAAAAGAUUUAUUGUUAAAUAUUGAUGAAAUCCCGUGUGUGUUUUUCAGGUCAUGUACUAUCUGUAAGAGAGGGUUGCUACAAAAAGCAAAACGUAUAUGAGAAAUAUCUCUUAAAACUCUGGGGUUGAUUGAGUUCAAUACAUGAACUAUGCUGUUGUUUACCGUUUUUCUUGAAAAGAGGACCCCAAAAAAUUGUUUUUGUGUUUGUGCCUAGAAACUCUCCUUCAAUUCUGGAAUUACCAAUGAAGGUAAACUACCGUACAGUAGAUGUCAUCUUUCCAGUCGUAGCUAUACUGCGUUUCAAACAAAUGUUCAUUCAAACCAAUGCAUGAACGAUAAUGGAAACCCAACAAUUAGAAUGCAAACAUUUUUUUUUUUUUUUAAUUUGGAGCUCACGUGAACAUGAUCAGAUGAUAAGCACUCCCGAGUCUGUGCCGUUACCAUUCAUAGACACAAACACCUUGAACAUUAUAAGGUAAACAUUUUAGUUCCGCUUCAUGUUGCAAAAGAAGCCGUUACGUAUGGCGGAUGUAUGCAUACACGCAAACGUUUUGGGCGACAACAGCCGUGAUGACGUAGUCGGGUUUUUAAAAAAAAAAAAAAACACAAAUGUAUAAAACGGCGUGUGACGUCACGACCAAAAUGGGCGGAGUGUUUGUUCGGUCGGCGUCGACAUGUAUGGCGUGACCGGACCGGGAUACAAUUUUGCCAAAAGCUUGAAGCUUGAACGAGGAAGCUGAUGUUUCCUGAAGCACUGACAAAUGUCGAGUUACCCCCCAACCCCCUCACCCCGGAAAAGUUUACCACGGCGAAAUAGAUUCAUUCACGUCGUGUGUCUGAUAUAAUAUCUAUAAGGCCUAAAUGUUUGGCUCGGGGCAGCAAAGUGCAUAAAUCACGUUUUACACCAUUUUGUUGUUUGGAAGUGUGUUCCUCUCGGUCCCAUUCUGGUGUGGUCACCGCUGAUGCGAAAUGUUCAAACCAAGCGGAAACGUAAUCCGUCUAUGACCGUAAAGCUGUUGGACAGGCAGAGACCAUAACGGCCGAAGUUGAAAGAUGGAGCGCAGGCAGAGUUUGAAGCAGCAGCAGAAGAUGAGAUCCGAUGGAACAAAAGGCGCUCAGCAUCCCACGCGUCAAUUGGUCCCGAGGUCCGGAGUCGAAGUGACGCAGCCGCGGCGCCAAUCCGCGAGUGGGACACUGCCACCCGUCGGCUCGGUUUCCCCAGUCGUCGGUCGCCACACGACCACCGCGUCGGGCUCUGCAGUGCAGCGGCUGCAGCGUUGCAUGGAAGCAGAGCGCGCGCGACCUUCCGCCGACAUGCUGCCCCCGAAGACGUGCCUGCCCAGGAACUACAGCUGCAUCGCCGGGCUCUUCGGCAGCCUGGCCGCGGCGAAUCCUCGACUGGAAGAUGGUGACGAUUUGGACAUCAUGAACGGCACCUGCGAGCCCGCCGAGAGCCCCGUGGUGGACGAGAGGCCGCGCGGCCGGGAGACCUUCCUCAAGCCCCCGCAGAGCCCAAGCUUGCGCCGGAGGUGCAAGUCUCUUCCCACUCCCACGGAGAGGGCCAAGUUGGAGAUCUCCCGCAGCCGAAGUCCAACAAGUCAGAAAAAAGUGCGCUUCGCGGACUCUCUCGGCCUGGAGUUGAUAUCCGUGAAACACUUCGACGACUCUGACGAGCCGGAGGUGCCCGAGCGCAUUUUGGCCAAGUUACCCAAAUGCACGGACGUGAACCACGCGGCCUCCACGAAAUUCCCCCGACCCCUCGCGCAGUCCGUUUUCAUGGAGCUGCAGUUCACCAGCCCGGGCGCCCUUCCGGGCUUCGAGCAGAAGGUGCGGGAGGUCAAAGUGCUGCUGGAGAGCGUCGAGACCGGCGAGUUCAGCCUGUCGGGCUUCGUGCGCGUCUUGAACCUGGCCUUCGAGAAGAGCGUCUCUCUGCGCUACUCCCUCAACAACUGGAUCACCUUCAUGGACAGCUUGGCGUCCUACGUGCCGCACUCGAGCGACGGUGCCACCGAUCGCUUCUCCUUCAAAGUGGUCAUGCCCACCUACAUGGAGAACGGCGGCACGCUGCAGUUCGCCAUCAAAUACACGGUCGACGGCGAGGAGUUUUGGGACAAUAACAACGGGAAUAACUACAAAGUGCGGCGUCACCGGUUCAAGAUGUCGCCUCCGAAGGAGUGGGAGAACGGAUGGAUCCACUUUAUUUAGGAUCAGACGCGCACGGCGUGUGUGCGUUCAUUGCAAACCCCCCCACCCCCCCACGGUACCUUUUCAAAUGACUAACGUGUAUAAAUGGGCGUUAUUUGUGUCUGCGCGCGCGAGAGUAAGGGUUAAAUACACGCAGUAUCAAAUAGACGUGGCGUGAGCUUUUAAGGUGCCCGAUGAGGGUUAAUUUGCCUUGAUGUCAGGGCUCAGUUCAGCUCGGUGCCCUUUGGGAGGGCACGACCACGUUAUGUAACGUGGAAACACGUGAGGAAGGGGAGGGGGGCGUGCGGGUCCACUCCAUCUCCGCUCUUUGCAGGAGAUGCUGCAGCCUCUAUUGUUGUGAGGUGUUUUUUUUUUUUUUAUUAUUUUUUUAGCUUUGUACGGAUAGAGCAGUAUGGCCCAUAAUUAUAGGGAGGAGGGGCACACAAUGUGACGUUGAUGCCUUGAAGGUGUAGCUUGCUUUGGGGCGGGGGCUAAUAAAAGCCUAAUCGAACGCACAUUACCUUCCACAGCUCAUUCAUCUAUUAUGUCAUGCCAUCAAAUGCCUUCGAAAAACAUGGUAUAGCAAGCAGCGCUUUUGAUAUUUUUAAUUUUUCUCACUAAGCAUAUUUUUUCCAAUGACUACAUAUUUUGUUGCCAUAGAACUACGCCCCCCCGAAAAAAAUUGCAGUUUUGGCCCUUCUAUUGUGUUAAGAGAGUGUAGCUUCUAUCUAAAACACUAAAACCUCCACGAUAUUACCUCUUAACCCAUUCCCUUUUGAAAGUAGUGUAAGGGGACAUGUUGACUGAGAAAUGGUUAUCUUUUGAAUAAAAGUAUAUUUUUAACAAAUAGCAUGCCCCCCUUCCCUCUGACUUCGAAGCUAGUUUUCACUGGUGAUUGUUUUCUGUGAGUUGUCGUCACAAGAAGAAAGCGAGUGUAAAACAUCACUUUCUUUGAUAUAUUUGUGUUGUCACUGUUGAGAUGGAGUGCAAUGCUCUAAUAUUGUUCAACAUUUAUAGUGGAGUUUUCCCGAAUUUUACAGAUCAAGAUUAGGAAUAUGGUCCUCCCUGUUGACCCAAGUUUACUCAAAUCUAUCCUUGACAAAGUCAUGACACAGAAUCUUCAUUUACUGCAAGAAAAGAUGAAUACAAUAGCAAUUUUGCAAGGAAUUGUCUGGCUGCUUUAUAAUUUAAAACAAUGGCUUUGUGGCAUUUUAACUAGGGCUAAAUGGACUUGUAACAAAAUAUAUUUUGUGUCCCAACCAGAAGUUUGGCAAUUUUUUUUUAAAGAGCUUUCUAUUCACUUGACUUGUCUUCCAAAUUGCACUUCUUAUCAUAGAUUUGGUCUUUGUGGGUUACAGCUUUGCUCACAUUGAUUUUGGUUUCAGUGUUGCUCACCCUUGGCGUGUCAAUGUGUGUGCAAUGCUAUCACGGUUAUCUGUAAGUGCAAGUCAGAGCACUUUUUAAAAUUCUCUCCGUCUCUGCUCCGAACAUUGUGUUGUUUACAUUACAGCAGUCUCGGAGGGGAGCUCUUCAUUUAAUGAUGCAAUUUGGUUGAUGUGGACAUAAAAAGUUUUCCAGUAAGCACUUAGCUUUUGGAGCACAUCCACUGUGAAGCGCCCAAUCCAUUUUGGAACAACAACAACAACAAAAAAUAUGUUUCAUGGUUCAAUAUUUGACUGCUAAGCAUUUUGGAACAAAGUUUGCCUAUGUAGCAUUAUCGCACACUGUAUGUUAUUCAAACGUGAUGUGGAAAGUCGGCUGCUUGUUUUGUUAGGAAAGUGUAUUUGCACAUUGUUAAAGUCGAGUCCGUUCAAGCAUCCAUGCAAAGUAGCAAAGUUCAGAACAUGAGAUGCAUCAAUAAUUCAACAAGAUGGCUAGUGGUUAUGUUUUGUAAGUUUAGUCAACCAAAUUUAAAAAGCAACUCUUUCUACAGUUGAUAUUAUUGCUUCUUAAUUGCAAGUACAAAGACAUUAUUUCAACACGCUAGCCAGCUGUUGUUAUUGAUACAUCCCCAAUGAAGGGCUGACGCAGAUAUUAAUUUUAACUGUUUAAAUAAUGCUUCUCAUCCGAGCUCACAGAUGUAUGUAUAUGUGUACUGUAUUAUAAAUGUCAAUGUCUCAUAUUGAAUGUCUUCAUAGUACUGUUUGCAAUGUGUGUACGAAACAUCUUAGAACCAGGGAUGCAAAUCGCUUCAGUUUUGUCCUUUGGACUUUCUCUACAAAAACCCAAAUUGAAAGCACUCAGUCAGAUCAUGACGUGAUUAUGAAAACAUCAGUUGGGGAAAUGAAAAAUUCACAAUGUAAUUGAACGGAGACCCGUUGCACCAUUGCAAGUGUGUGUUGCCUUACUGUUUGAAGAGGUUACUAAGAGGUGAAACUGUGUAAGUCCUCGUUUGUGGGGGGAAAAAUGUGAUUGCAGAGAGCCAGAAAUAUGUCCAGUGACACUCGUCAAAUGGCGAGAAGUAUGAGCGCCUUAAUAUUGUAGCCGGUGCUGGGUGAGUUCACGCCGUGCCAUUUAAUGCACUUUGAAGGUAGGAUGAGGAAAGAGACAGGGUUGACCGUACGUACAUGAGGCAAUAGCUUUUCUUGUGAAAAUCGGUUCUGCAAUAUGCUCCCAUCUUUUCCAAAUUCACUUUGUUCUUUCACGGGCGCUUUAAAACCUUGGGUUGUUAUUUGGGCAAAUGCGGGAGUGUCCGCCUAGUGAUUAUUUUCCUAUGCAACCCUUUUAACGUAACAUCUGCUGUGUCUUAAAAUGUUGUUUUGUCUCUGAAUGUUCACCAUGUUUGCAUGCACGCACAAGUGAAACAAACAUUUAUUUUUCUGUUUAACCAUAGAAGCCACUAUUUUAUUAAAUAAAUACUCAAUAAAAAGGUUGUAACAAAUGCUCAAGGUAGUUGUUCGUUUUUCCUCGGUACUGAAGGUCUAGCUAUAUACUGCAGCGUGUUUCAUAAUUGAGUUAUGUAUAAACAUUUUGUGCUCAUGUUAGAUUGUGAUGUGCAGUGCGUGACUGGAGAGCUGCAAAUGUGGCACUUGUCAGUCGAGCAGAUCAUUUUGCAAGGCCUCCUGGUGGUCCCAAAUGGUACAGCGGCACGUGCACUGCAGUGUGCUGCUACCAUCGCCAUUGCCGACAUGGCUGCAGUCAUGUCCUUGGAAAGACUCCAGACUGCCCCCCUAUCGCCAUUUAUGAUAGGAGAGUUGUUGGACUCGGACACAAGAGUUUCAUGAAAGCAAGCAGUAGGAAUGUUGUCACAUUAUGUCACAUGACACUUUCGUCCAUCAAACCUAAGCCUAUCAGAAACAAUACUUGUCACUCAUACAUUCGGUAUUAUCACAAAAUAAAAAAGCCAACUCAGUGAUGGCUCAUAAAUCAUCACU